AAAUUAUUUAACGAACGCUACUUCCUUGUUUUCAGCAAGACACACCUAUACACAGCCUAUCGAAGUUGUGAGACGCACCUAGCAUAUCGCGGGAGGAGGAUACCGUCUUUUACAUGGCUGCUGUGGGCAGUGUAGUAUUCACUGUGUUGUUCAAUACGAAAUCAACGCAGAACAAGCCGGUUUAAAGCUACUUUGUCGUAAGUAUAAUGGUGUAAUCAAGUAUGUCUAAUAAACAAUCGAUUGACCUCAGAUAAGAACUGCAAAAGGAAUUAUAACAAUUGGAUGUAAUAAAAAAACAGCCAUGAUCGGAACCUGACGUGACACUAGGGAGAACCUGCUUGAAAUAGAGCCGUCUUCCAAAAAGGAAGGGGAUGGAGUUCCUAAAACCGGAGGAACAUGGAAUUUCAGACGGUUCGAGUUUAAGCAGUGAAAGUGAACAGCAGCUAGGGGUCUAUAACAGCGAAAAGGAGGACAGUAUUCCCCGCUGGAGCCCUGCUGAAGUUUAUGAGCAGGAUGUCCAGCUGGAAAUCAAUGCUAUCAAUGAGCACCAGCAAAACAAUGGGGACGGUAAUACUAGCAUCAGCAGCGAUGAGGGUAUCCACAGUCUCAAAUCAAACAAUAGUGAAACUGAUCCGAAAAUAAUUCAAACUAAAUCACCUGCCGGCUCAAGCGAUCCUCCUAAUGUGUCAAACCAUGAGAUAGAGCAUGCAUUAUCUUCGUCGUUAACAAACAGCAACCCAACGGUUUAUCAUAGAGAGAAUCAACUUGACAGUUCAGACUCACCUUCUGUAGAAGAGGAUGAUCAAGAAACGAUUGUAAAACCGACUCUAACCAUAAGGAAGGGAGCAUAUCCAAUGUUUGCAUAUCGCAAUCCGGUGUUUCAGCUUGAAGAGAAUCAACCUGAAAAUUCACAAUCGGACAGUCCCGACUCUUCGUCACUAUAUAUAACUGGAGGCGAAGCGAUUCCUCCCAAAAAUAUGCAGCCAACAGACACCAAAGAAACCACUUUGAGAGGUAAAAAGAACCUGAGUCGGAGAUCCAAGAAACCGUUAUUUUGCUUGAUGGUAGUGGCAGGGUUUUUAGUAGCCAUUGUCAUCUCUGUAACAGUUUCAAUUGCAACAUCCGGAGCUGCCGAACAACCCAGAGACUGCACUGUUACUCCAGAAGGGGAAACCAGGUGUCCAAUAUCAGGAAAACACGUGGAGGCGGUUCUCCUAAAUGCAAGUAAAUAUGUUAGUGAAGGCGACGGAGAAAUCGUCAUACCCCUCAACGAAACUACCGACACGACCGUGAAUGACAUUCAUUUUUAUGUGAAAGAUGGUGAUUUGUAUUAUUCAAACCCAAAUACAAGCGUCUGUUACAAGGUAGGAAUCUUUCCAGUCGUCCUCCGAAAUGCUAGUGAAAAGAUUUUACAGAGACUUCCCCCCAUAAACAUUGAAAAACAAGGGCUCGAUGAUCCUGUAAAUAUUGAACCGGUGGUAUACAGAAACCUAACAGAUGGACGAGACUAUGUCCUACUCAUAUGCGCUGUUGCGCAUUGCGAUGCAGUGGUUACAACUGCCAAAUUGAUGGUACCCGGAUACAGCAACAUACAGAAACCAAUGUCGUGUACACAUGAAGGAACAACAGACGGUCUUAACACGUGCACCAUAACAAUGACCCAAGAUAGUUUUGAGAACGCUCAAUAUAUCCAGUGCGCUUCCAUGUCGUCAACUACUGAGUCAUCGGUGACAAUAAAUUCAGCAGAUGCCAAAUACAAAGAACCGGUUAGUCCCGAUGCCGUUAUCAGUCACGGACAGAACGCCACAAUCGUACGUCACGUGACCAUUGAUGAACACGACGUUUUAGUUCUGGAAAAAGAACAUAGCAAAUUGGAGUUUCCAACUAGUGAUUCAACAGAUUCCAGAAUCACCUUUUCCGUCAGUAAAACUGGUUCUGGAAAAAUUGUUGAAGUCGAAAUUCGAUUAUCCCCAGGUACCUGCUUUGACGGUGGUAAAUUUGUCAUCAGGACAGAACAGGGCGCAUUUGAGAUAAAGACACAAGUUAACGAUGGACCAAAUCUUAUUCUAUUACCAACUACUUCCGUCUCGUCUGUUGGAGCCAGAUUGGUCCUUAAAGGUAUAUAUUGCAUAGCAGAUGGCGCACAAACCGUCACUGUGAUAAUGUCCGGAAAAUCAGAAAAUGAACGUCUUCAGACAGGCAGUAGAGUCGAAAUUGGUAAUUCCUCUGAAUACUUCAUCUUUGAUUUAAAACUGAACGUCUUGGAACUGGUAUAUGUGAAGAAGGGUACCGUCUGUCCGGACCACAACAAAACGUUGGCAAUAACCGUGCAAAAUGAUAAUGGAGUCGAUCUGCUGGAUAUCUCGACAAGAAUGCGAGUCAAAGCAAAUCAAUACCGCAUCUCAACAACCGGUGGCUCUUUUCAAGAGAACGCAGAGGAUAAAGUUAUAAUAUUCGCUGCAAGUUUGGGAUGUAGGCCAACAAUUCAAAAUGUCAAAUUAACAAUUAAUGGAAAACAUGACCUGUCACAGGCUGACGACAUCUUUGGUGGUUACCAAGUGAGCAACGAGACUGGCGAGAUGUCCAUCGUUAAAGAAUACCACUUAGAUGUAGUAACGUUGCGGGACAACGGGACAGGUCUAAAAUUAACCAUAUCUUUCACUGACGAUGAUGGUGGUUUAAGAUUUCUUACAGAAACAGUGACUGUGCUUGUCAUCCCAGGCGAGUUCUGUGAAGGUAAAACACAUGGGUGCAACUUUAAACAUCCGUACAGAUACGAUCAAUACGUUGCAUGUGGUGAUGACGUCAUUGCAGCUAUCGAUUCCUGUCCGGAGCACGGGCAAAUCUUCAAGGCGUCCAAUUGUACAGGAUUCUGCGAGUAACAGCAUCAAAUUCAUUGAAGACGAACGCAUUUGUUUUCGAUCUUUUUUCACGUUGGUUUUGUUUUCAUUUGUCUUAGCAAAGACUAUUUUCCGAAUUUCAACGACAAUGUUAAACAUUAUUGUGUAUCGUAUGGUUUAGAGGCUUACCAAGAUAGGGGCUAGAUCAUUGAAAAUUAAUCAUAAUUUAAAUGUCAUUAAAAGAUAAAUUCGUCUACAUUUAAUGGAUUGAAUCAUGUUCAAUUAUAUGUCACAUCAUUUUGUUGCGUUUAUGUUUCACGUCCACUCAUUUUUCGUUGUAUUCAAUUCAAAUUAAUGCAUACAUGUUAAAUAUUUUAUUGAAUUCAAUUCACGUUCAUACAUCAUACGUGCCUGUCAAUCAGUGUUUUAUUUCAAUCAAUUGAACGUAACUAGAAUAACAUAUUUCUAAAUCGAUUUUCUCAAAAUGUAUUAAUUUAAUUGAAAAUUCAUUCAGUAUAACUUCAUUUUGUUUCUUUCUGUUAAUGUCCAUUUCAAUUAUUCAUAUUUUGAUAUAUGUAUUUCAGAUUUAAUAUUUUUGUGUUCAAUUAUCAUCAAUCCCCCACUCUUUUUAAGAACGUCUUUGAUACUGUAAUAUACUACACACAUAUGAUUUAAUUCAAUUGUGUAGUAAAUAUAUUUGUAUUUUAUAUGUUGUUCAAUAUUUUAUUAAUGAUGUACAUUGAAUCUUUAAAAGCACUCAAAAAAACGUAUACCCAAUUGUUCAAAGAGUGAAGAUAAGGUAUUUUUUAUCUUGUUAUUUUUUUCUAUAUAUUCUAUAAAGACUGCUAACAUAAUUGUUUAUUUUGUUUUAUAUACAUUUAGAACUUUGUUCAAUAUCAAAGUUUGGAAAAUAUAUCUUGUUUACCCGUUACAUUCAUUUAUUUAUUAUAUGAAUGGUGGUCUGUUUUAUACGGAACUAAGAGUUGUCUCCCUCUACACGUCUCAAAAUCACGUCCCUCACAUCGUUAUGAGAUUCGUAGUGAAAACAAGCUCAUUCUUUACUUGCCAUUGAUGAUAAAGUACUUGUUGAACACCAAUUAGGAGAAAUAGCAACACAUAAGAAAUAUCCUUACAAACGGACACGGAAAAAUAAUUAAUAUUUACUACAAAUCACAUUUUCCGAAAUAAUAAUAAACAUAAAAUAAUAGCAUGAUACAUGUAACAUUUCCAAUCUUGAUACAGAUAAGUCAGAGUUUGCAGUGUUGUAUAUAAGGCCAUACAGUGUAAUGUCAACGUUCCUAAUAUUUAAUUCAUAGAUAACGUAUAUAUGAUAUUUAUUUUUCAUAAUACCCUACACACUAUCCAUAUCUUUGUAUCUUUGUAUAUUUUCUUAUAUUAUAGAAUAUGUAUAUUAUAUAUAUGUGUGUGUGUUAUACAAAUGAGAAGUUUUUAAAGGUUAGUCAAUUUGUUUCUUCGAUGGUAUGUGAUAAUAAUGUGUUAUAAAAUACCAAAUGCCGGAAAAUCUAUGUAUACGUGUUUAGUUUAGUAUAGUAUUUAGUAUUAUAAUACAUGUAAUAACCCACCUAUUAGGUGUGAUUGAGUCUAUGCAGGAGUUUGUUAACAGAAGACCAGGUAAAAUAGUUUGGUUCGUUACAGUAUAAAGACUGUUUUCUACUGAUACCGACGAGUGUAUGUCAUGCAUGAAUGAUAGAAUGAAAAGCACGGGUAUAUAUUUCUCAGAUACCUGUUCUAAUAUAUAGAAUGUAUUAACAUGUGACACUUCAAUAAAAUAAAUGAUUGAUUGAUUGAUUGAUUGAUUGAUAUAUAAAACAAAGUUUGUAGAUGGAUGGAAGGAUGAGUGAAUUGAUGGAUGAAUGCGAAUUAAUUAAUUUAUUUAUUAAUCCAAGCUGUUGAAAUCAAAUACAGAACGAAUGAAUGAAUGAAUGAAUCAAUCAAUCAAUCAAUCAAUCAAAGAAUUAAUAAAUAAUUACUUUUCUGCAAACCUAACACAAAACAUCCACAAAGUACAGUACAUGUAUAUAUUACAUAAACAAUGAAAAUUAUAAUGAACCUAAAAAGACUGAAUAUGACCAAUUCUAAAAAGGAAUCGCACAAAUAUUUGAACAAAUUUGGGUAUUUAUCACGAUAUGAUUUUAACAACUGGGCCUUGUUCUUUAUAUUUAUACAAAAUACUCAAAUUCAAUGAAUAAAACAUUCCAAAACUGCAA